AUGGCUGACGAACGCACCCCACUGAUCCAGGUGAUCCAGAUCCGUCCCGCGACACCGCGAUAUUCUCACCACACUCUCCGUCGAUUCUGCUCGUUAGUGCUCACAGUCGUUCCUAUCCUCGUUCUCGCCUCUCUUCUCCUCGGUCUCUUCCUCCCCGAUCAUCUUGAUGAUGGUACAUAUACGCCUUCACCGUAUCUCCCAGGGUCAUCGAAGCACAUACCCCAAUCAUGGCCUCAGAGCAGCGGAUUGAGCUAUGAGGAGCUUGAAGGGAUCCUGAUCGAUAUACCCGACCCGAAGAAGGCGAAAGAGUGGAGUAAAUACUACACUGCUGGACCGCACUUGGCAGGAAAGAAUCUCUCACAAGCAGUCUGGACGAAGGACCGCUGGGAAGAGUUUGGCGUAGCUAGUAAGAUCGUAUCCUAUGAUUGCUACCUAAAUUACCCUGUCGCACACAGACUGGCUCUAUUGGAAAAGAGCAAGAAGAAGCAUGGUCUUUCUACUGAGAAGAAAGAUUCUUGGGAAGUCAAAUUUGAAGCUACGCUCGAAGAGGAUGUUCUUGACGAAGACAGUACAAGCGGUUUGGAGGAUCGCAUUCCCACAUUUCACGGCUAUAGUGCCUCAGGAAACGUUACGGCUCCUUAUGUAUACGUGAAUUAUGGCACCGUCUACGACUACCAGGACCUCGUUGAUGCUAACGUCACUCUCAGUGGCAAGAUUGCUCUUGCUCGAUACGGAGGCGUCUUUCGGGGACUUAAAGUCAAACGUGCUCAAGAGCUCGGAAUGGUUGGAGUAAUUAUGUAUACGGACCCGGGUGAUGACGGUGGCGUUACAGAAGAGAAUGGCGAUAAGCCUUACCCACAUGGUCUUGCGAGACAGGAAAGUAGCGUCCAGCGAGGAAGUGUUCAAUUUUUGAGCAUGGCCCCUGGUGAUCCAACAACACCUGGUUACCCUUCUCUCCCCGGUGCUGAGCGUAAACCUGUUGACCAUGCCAUCCCUUCAAUCCCGUCUCUUCCAAUCUCGUACAAAGAAGCUCUACCAUUAUUGAAGGCGCUCAAUGGCUACGGACCCAAGGCAUCUAAGUUCAAUAAAUUUUGGCAAGGCGGUGGACUCGGUUACAAAGGUGUGGACUACAAUAUUGGACCCACGCCAGAUGAUCUUGUCAUCAACUUGUCCAACGAGCAAGACUAUCAGAUCACUCCUCUAUGGAACGUGAUAGGUAUAAUCAACGGAACGAUAGCUGACGAAGUUAUUGUGCUUGGCAACCACCGAGAUGCAUGGAUUGCUGGUGGAGCUGGCGAUCCGAACAGUGGCUCAGCAGCUAUGAAUGAAGUCGUUAGAAGCUUUGGUACCGCACUCGACGCCGGAUGGAAGCCACUGAGAACCAUUGUCUUCGCCAGUUGGGACGGCGAAGAAUAUGGGCUCAUUGGCUCAACUGAAUGGGUCGAAGAAUACCUCCCCUGGCUCCAAACCUCCACUGUCGCAUACCUGAAUGUUGACGUUGGCACAUCCGGACCACAUCUUCACGUCGCCUCCGCGCCGCUCUUGAACACCGCCUUUGUCUCUACAUUGAGCAAAGUUCAGUCACCCAACCAGACCGUCGUGAACCAGACCCUCGCUGAUCUCUGGGAUGGUAAAAUCGCCACGAUGGGCAGCGGUUCCGACUUCACCGCAUUCCAGGACUUCGCCGGCAUCCCCAGUAUCGACAUGGGCUUCCAGCCAGGCGAACACAGCGCCGUGUAUCACUACCACUCAAACUACGACUCCUUCUCCUGGAUGCAGAAAUUCGGCGAUCCAAGCUUCCAGUACCAUGCCACAAUCGCACGUGUCUGGGCACUGCUCGCGGCGAAACUCGUCGAGACGCCCGUCCUAGCUCUGAACGCAACGGAGUAUGCAACCGGACUCUCGGGCUAUCUCGAGCGCGCCAAGAAGACUGCGCAGAAAGGCACCCCCGCCAAGCACGCGUCCAUCUUCGAGCCGAUAGAGCAAGUCCUGACGUCCCUCUACUCUGCGUCUGUCAAACUGGACCAAUCCGCCGCAGACCUCGGCGAAAGUCUCAAGGACCCCCCGCCAGCGUGGAAAUGGUGGGAGCGUGUCCGGCUGUACUACCUCACCCGCAAAGUGAAUACAAAAUACAAGACGCUCGAGAGACAGUUUUUGCACGAGGAAGGGCUCGACGGAAGGUCUUGGUUCAAGCAUGUCGUUUUUGCGCCCGGGAUCUGGACCGGGUAUGCCGGAGCGACGUUUCCGGGCUUGGUGGAGAGCAUUGAGGCUGGGGAUUGGGAUAAUGCGGAGAAGUGGGUGGGGAUCAUUGUGAAGAAGAUUGAGGCGGCGACUGCGUUGUUGGAUGGGGGCAAGUAGAGAGGACACAUGUGGUGAAUGUUGAUAUAUAUUUGGCUAUCUGGCUGCGAAGAAGAUACAUAUGAGUGUAAAGAAUGAAUCACUCUCGCUUACAUGCAUAGGAUUCACAUAUAAGAUUGUGAUACAAUUGCAAUUUGGAAAAGCUUCCUAGCAUUUAAUAAUGAAACCUGUC